UGAAAAGUCCGCCUGAAAUGACCUUGGAUAAAUGCAUCGAAUUAGGAAGAACGGUUGAAGCCGCUUUGCUCCACACAGGUAGCUCUGAAUGUGUGACUGAAAUGUUUUAUAACCGAGAGAAAGCAAAGCCAACUUACAAACCAAGGAAAAUGGAUAAUAGCAAUAAACUUGGAGGACAAUGUUACUGUUGUGGAAAACAUAAUCACAUUAAAGCAGAGUGUACUCUAAAAAAUAAAUUUUGUUCAGAAUGUGGAGUUCAAGGACACAUAUUCAGAAUGUGUCCCAAAAGAUCAAAACAAGUUAAUGUAAUAGAAACCACUACAUCAGGAAAUGAGGACGGUGAACGGGUGGAAACACCAGAGCACAAUUUGUAUGAAGGGUAUACAACAUAUACCGUUAACAGUAUGCAGAACAAUUAAUAAGAGACCGGUUUGCAGAAAUAUUUGAACCUGGAUGGGGGAAUUUCAAGGGCGAGGUGAUCAAUUUAAAACUGAAGCCUAAUGCUCAACCCAGGUGUCUACCAGCCAGGCGAGUACCCUAUGCACUGCGUGAAAAGGUAAAUGAUGAAAUUACUAGAUUGGUAGGAAAUGGUAGAAUUACAGCAGUCGAACAUAGUGAGUGGGGUACUCCAGUAGUACCUAUCAUAAAACCUGAUGGCUCGGUCAGGCUCUGUGGUGACUAUAAAUUAACUGUGAAUCCUUGUAUGGAAAUUGAUCACUUCCCUUUGCCUCAUGUUGAUGAUAUUUUAAAUUCUUUAAAGAAUGGCGAAUAUUACUGUGAACUGGACUUAAAAGAGGCAUAUUUGCAGGCUCCACUUAGUGAGGAUAGUAAAGAUUGUACAACUAUAGUAACAGAAUCAGGAACAUACAAAUAUAAUUACUUGCCCUUCGGGGUAAGUUCCGGCCCUGGGGCUUUCCAACGUUUAAUGAAAAAAACAUUAGCUAAUAUUCCUAAUACUGUAGUGUUUAUCGAUAACAUUUACAUAAAGGGUGAUUCGUUGCAAGACACUUAUGAAACAUUGUGUCAAGUCUUAAAAAAGUUGCAUGAUUGUGAAUUCAAAUUAAAAUCACAAAAGUGUAAGUUUUUUACUACUCAUCUAGAUGUAUUUGGGUACCGUGUAAACAAGAAUGGUAUCAGUGUGAUUCAGUCUAAUAUUGAACCAUUGUUAAAUGCUAAUGCACCAAAAAACCUGACCAUGCUCAGAUCAUUCUUGGGUAAAAUAAACUACUACUCUCGAUUUUUACAAGACAUGGCUACAACGCUAGCACCUUUAUAUGAAUGUACUAAAAAAAACAAAUUUAUCUGGACAACAGACUGUGAUGAAGCAUUUACGAAAAUAAAAAGAAAAUUAGCUUCUGCAGAUAAUCUUAGACAUUAUGAUCCUAAUUUGCCACUGAUCUUGACUUGUGAUGCUUCAGAUACCGGGCUCGCAGUAGUAUUAUCCAAUAGAGAUGAACAGGGUGUUGUAAAACCGAUUGCAUAUGCUAGUAAAAAAUUAAAUGAUGUUGAAAGAAAGUAUUGUACAAUAGACAAAGAAGCAAUGGCAGUGAUUUUUGGAAUCACCAAAUUUUACAAUUAUGUUUAUGGUCGUUUCUUUGAGCUUGAAACUGACAAUGCAGCUCUGACAAGAAUUUUUGGCCCAACUAAAAGUAUUCCAAAAAUGGCUGCCAAACGAUUGCAACAUUAUGCAAUUUUUUUAUCUGCAUUUAAUUAUAAAAUAAGGCAUAUAAAAACCAGUAUUAAUCCAGCUGAUUUUCUAUCAAGGUCCGUGUCUGAACAAAAGGAUAAUAUAAAUGAUGAUAUAAAUAUUCAUCCUGUAUUUGUGAACGCUAGUUAUAGUGUGUUGAGUUAUACUAACGAUUCCAACAUGAAAACCUUAGAUUGGAAAACAAUUCAAACAGAAUCAAAAAAAGAUGUUGUUUUGUCCAAAUUAAUAAGGUAUUUGACAGAUGGCUGGCCAGAAAAGAAAAACUUAGAUAAAGAAGUGUUACCAUUUUAUAGCAGAAGGAAUGAGUUAACUAUGGACAGAGGUUGCUUAUUUUGGGGAUAUCGAAUAUUAAUACCUCACACUGUUCGAGAAUCGGUUUUGGUUGAAUUGCAUAAAAGUCAUUUUGGAAUCAUUAGAAUGAAAGAAAUCGCACGCUCAUAUUUUUGGUGGCCGAACCUUGACUCAGAAAUAGAAAACAUUCCCAAAAAAUGUAUAACUUGUUUGCAAAAUAGUAAAACGCCUUCGAAAACACAGAAACCGUGGCCUGUUCCCCUUCAGUGUGGUACAGAAUUCAUGCUGAUUUCCUGGGCCCAUUUUAUAAUAAAAUGUUUCUGGUCAUAG